AUGAACGAAGAAGUUCCUGGUACUAUUGAACGAAUUGAUUUAGAAAAUUUUAUGUGCCAUAGACAUCUUCAAUUAGACCUCUGUUCACAAGUUAAUUUUAUAGUAGGAGAGAAUGGAAGUGGGAAAUCAGCAAUAUUAGUAGCAUUAGCUAUUUGUUUUGGGGCGAAAGCUACAUUUACGAAUCGAGGGAAACGAGUAAGUGAUAUAGUAAAAAAUGGAGAAACACAUUGUAAAGUAUCUGUAUAUUUAAGAAAUCGAGGAGAAGGGGCAAUGGAUAAAGAAAAAUAUGGAGAUACAAUCAUAAUUGAAAGGAAAAUAUCAAAAGAAGGAGGAAGUAGUUAUAAAAUCUAUUCAAUGAAUUCUGGGGAAAAACCAAGAAUUAUUGGACAUAAAAGUUCAGAUGUUAAUGAAAUUUUGGAUCAUUUUAAUAUUCCUAUUGACAAUCCAUGUAUUCUUCUUAUGCAAGAUACAUCAAAAACAUUUUUAACAGCAACACGAGCAGAAGAUAAAUAUAAAUUUUUUUUAGAAGCAACACAACUUGAUAUGAUUAAAGAAAGUUAUAAACAAGCAGAGCACUCAUGUAGUAAAGCAAAAAAAACGAAACAAGAUAAAAAAGAACAAAUACCACAAAUGGAAAGAGAAAUAGAAAGAUUAAAAGGAAUAAUGGAAGAUGGAAAAGGAAUAAAACAAAUUAAAAAGAAAAUAGAAGUAUUAAAAAGAGAAGAGAUAUGGGCGAAGUAUAGAGACCAAAAAAAAAAGGUAGAAGAUAUUCAACAAACAAUAGAGGAAAAAGAAAAUAAAUUAAAUGAAUUAAAAGAAGAACGAAUAGAAGAAAAAAUAGAAGAGUUAAAAGAAGAAUUAAAAGUAGCAAAUGAAGAAUUAAUGAAAAAAGAAGAAGAAAUAACAGAAAUUGAAAAAAAGAAAGGAAUAGAAAAUGAGAAAAUGAAAAAUAUAAAUAAAGAAAAAGGAGAAAAUAAAGUGAUAAUAGAGGAUUAUAAUCAAAGAAUAGAGACAAUAAAAAAAAGAAUAACAUUAUUAAAAAAUAGUAUUGAAGAAUCAAAAAAUCAUGACCAAAAAGAUACAGAAAUUGCUAAACAACAAAAAGAAGAAAAAAUAAAAACAAUUAAUAAAGAAAUAGAAUCAUUAAAGAGAAAAGAAGAAUUAAUUAAAGAUGAAUUAAGUCCAUUAGAAAAAGAAUUUACAGUUAAAGUACAUUCAUUAAAUGGAUAUGACGAUGAUAUUAAACAUAUUCAAAAUGAUAUUAAAGUGUUUGAAAAUGAAAAAGAUAAAUUAGAAAUGCAAAAAAGAGAUAAAAUGACAAUUUAUCAUCCAAAUAUGCCAAGAAUGAUUAAAACAAUUGAACAAACAACAUUUGAAUAUCAAAUUGAAGGACCAAUAGGAGAAUAUAUUCAAUUAAAAGAUAAUAAAUGGAAUCAUGCAGUAGAAAAUUGUAUAAAAAAAUCAACACUAGCUUCGUUUGUUGUUAGAACAGAAAAUGAUAAAAAAAAAUUAAGAGAAAUAGCAAAAAAAAUUAAUUUUGAUAUUCAAAUUUAUGUUUAUAAUAUCAAAUUUGGAAAUCAAAAAUACGAUAUUAAAAAACAAAAUUAUUUAACUGUACUUAAUGUUAUUACAAUUUCUAGUCCUAUUAUUUUUAAUAUUCUUAUUGAUCACAUUAAUAUUGACACUAUCGCUGUUGCUAAUACUUUUAAUGAUGGAAAAGAAUUAAUGAAACUUGGUGCAAAAUUUAUUUAUCUUUCAAAUGGUAGUUUUAUGCAAAAAUCAGGUAAAACUGAAGCAUAUUUUCCUUAUAGAUUACCUAGUAGAGCAAUUUAUGGUGGUCAAAAUAUCGAAGAUUCAAUUCAAUUAAUUGAACAACAAAUUAAAACUUCUAAAAUGGAUUUGCAAGGAAAAGUUGAAUUAAAAAAUCAAGCAAAAAAAGAAAAAGAAACACUAUUUCUUCAGUUAAAUGAAUUAAAAAGAAAUUUAAGAGAAGCUGAAAGAAACACAAGACUAGUUGAAAGUAAAAAAAAAGAGACUGAAAAUAUUGUAAUAAAAGAACCAGAAGAUAUUAAAGAAACUGAAAUGAAUUUAUCAAUUUCUAAAAAUAAAUUAAAUGAAUUAUUAGAAGAAGUUAAAAAUCAAAAAACAAAAACGAAUGAAUUAAUUAAAAGAGAAGAAUUUCAAAAAAUUGAAUAUCAAAAAAUUUGUUCAUUAAAAACACAAAUUGAAAAUGAAGCAAAACAACAAAAAGUUUUACUUGUAAAUAUCAGAAAACAAAUUGAUGAAAUUAAUGAAAAUAAAAUUGAUUUAAUUAAACAAAGAAAAGAAUUUCAAAUUGAAAUCCAACAUCAAAAUGAAUUGUUAAUUGAAGAACAACAGCAAUUACAAGAAAUUACUAUACUUUCUUCUGAAUUUGAAAAAAUUGAAACUUCAAAAAGUGUUGAAAGUAUUGUUAAUGAACGUGUUAAAUUAGAAAAAAAACAACAACAAAUUAAUUUAGAAAAUGUUAAUUAUGAUGAAGUUGAAAAUGAACUUGAAAGAAAACAACAUCAAUUAGAUGGUUUAACAGAUCAAAUUAAUUCAAUUGAAACUUUACAAACAAAAUUAGAAGUUGAGUUAGAAAGAAGAAAAAAAAAAUAUACUGAAUUACUUAAAGUAACUGCAACAAAAACUAUGCUUUUAUUUAAUCAAUAUCUUGAAAAAAAACCUGGUUGUAAAGGUAAAAUUAAACUUGAUCAUUCUAAAAGAAUUCUUGAUGUUGAAGUUUCUAUUGAUAAUGACUCAGAAAGAAGUGCUAAAACUCUUUCUGGUGGGGAACGUAGUUAUUCUACUGUUUGUUUAUUACUUGCAUUAUGGAAUGUAGUUGAUUGCCCUUUUAGAGCAAUGGAUGAGUUUGAUGUUUAUAUGGAUUCUAUGGCUCGAAAAGUCGCUAUACAAACAUUAAUGGAAACAACAAAAUCACAAAAUAAAAGGCAAUAUAUUUUUAUUACUCCUCAUAAUUUGGAUGGUGUUGUAUCUAGUGAUAAUGUAAAAGUUUUUAAAAUUAAACGACCUGAUAGAGACCAAAAAUAA